AGUAACUGAAUUUCUGAUAAGACACGUUAGUGUUGUAGGUUAUAGUUUUAUUUUAAAAAUGAUGCGACCAGUUAGUUUCUGUUCUACAUAAUCUGAUACGAUAGGUGGCGGUAUUCCCCUUGAGCUAGUUUUGUAAUUGACCAUUAAAAACAAUGAAGAAGCAAAGGAAGCGGUUGCUAUUAGCAACAGAGCAACUGAAAAUACAGCGGAGUUAAAACAUAGCUUAGAAUUAGACUUUUUUCCUGGGGAUAUCAUGACGAGUCCGCGGAGAAAUGCUAAGGGUAUCCUUAAGGAAGAAGUAACCAAGAUGGAGGUACGUAAAAAAGCAUGUAGACAGUAUUCAACCUUUAAAUAAGAAUCCACAAAUCCUUGCUGGCGAAGACUCGACAGAGCAACAGAUGCUGCGGUCCAGGAUAGAUGAACAGUCUACUUUGAUCUGCAUAUUGAAGAAGAGAGCAGAUGAAAUACUUCUGCAAUAUCAAGCCCUGCAGAAAAUUAACUCUGAACUUGAAGACCAAGCGGCUCACUGCCAGACAAAACUGGACGCUGAAAGAGAAAGAGCAGCGAUGUUAAAAUCUAGAUUCACCGAUCUGUCUGGCAACAAUCAAGCAAUCAUUUCUUACAUGGAGGAACACAAAAACCAAAAUACUCAGCUGAAGCUGGAAAACAGGCGGCUGCAGAUGGAAAAUGAUUCACACUUUUCACAGAAGCUACGUGAUAAAGAUGUGUUGGUUGAAAAGCUUGUGCAAGAAAAUAAGCUGCUGAGAGAGAAAAGUUCGAUUAAUGAAAAGGAAUUCAGGGAGAAAUUAGCUGGAUGCGAGUCAAGACUCAGAGAACAAGCAGCCCAGCAUCAAGCCAAGGAGGUGUCCCUGCUGAAGGAGCUGCUUGAUGCUCAACAACAGCACAAAGAAGCUGCGGAAAGCCGUGAAGAUUUGAAGCUGAAACUUGCAGAAGCUGAAAAAGAGCACGAGUUGAAGGAAAUCAGCAUGAGAGAAACCAUAACAACUCUGACCAGAGAAAAAGGCAAAUUAUUGGAUAUGUCUAUAGAAAGAGGCAAAGCAAUCCAGGAGAAACAGGAAAAAAUCCAAGAGCUAGAAACAAAAUGGAAAGAGGAGGAAAAGGCCAAAAUUGAAGCUCAGGACAGAUUUGUAUCAGAGGCAGAAGCAGUAAAUAAAGACAGACGUGUGAAGUCCCUCCAGGCUGCUCUUGACAGUUCCUUGUCAGAGUUCCAGAAGCUGAACAAGGAUUUUGAUGCUUUCAAGGAACACAGCACCAACCUGCUCGCACAGGAGAAGGACUUAAAUCAAAAACUUCGCCAUAUCAUCGGCUAAAACACGGUUUUUAUUUCCAAUUCCUAAUAAAAAAAUACCUUUCAGCAAGAA